AUGCGUCCAGCUGUUGUCCCUGGUGAUGCGCUUAGCUGUCUCCUUGAUGUCCCUGAUUUCCUUGAUGUCUUUGAUAUCCUUGGUGAUGCACCCAGCUGUGUACCUCCCAAUUGCAAUUCGUCUAGCUAUGUCCUUGAUGUCCUUAGUAUCCUUGAUGUCCUUGAUGUCCUUGAUGUCCUUAAUGUCCUUGAUGUCCCUGAUGUCCUUAGUGUCCCUGGUGUCCUUGAAAAGGAUGUACCGGUAUUACCGCUUACUACAUCAAUAUGGAUCGAGAGAUGUUCUCCUUACGAAUUAUUCGAGAAGCUUGAAUUUCGCGAAGCCGAUGGACAAGUUAUUCCAUCCAAUGCUUGGAUGUUAAGGGCAAAGCUGAAGAUUCUGAUAGAGAUCCUCUUGCUGCUAGCCAAGAUGUUGUCCCAGCUAAUCCCCACGACCCCUGCAGACUACCGAUACAGGAUAGCUGUGCUUAUAGGCAUGCGUGCCGUGCCCUUGGAUCGUGACUUCCGUGCUUUCACCCAAGCUGCAUAG